AUGGGCUGGUUUAUCUGUGGUGGAAAGGCAAACAAAAAUGCCAAGAAACUCCACAGGAAACAGCCUGAUGAUAUCAACGAAGCCAAACAACAGCAGAAGAAGAAGCUUGAUGAUCAGAUCCCGUCUUCUUCAGAUAAAAUAAAGACAAAUAUCACCCAAGAGUUGAAGGAAAUUCCCAGGCCAAAGGAGGGAGGAUCGGAUCACAUUGCCGCACAUACAUUUACAUUCCGUGAGUUGGCUGCAGCAACUAAGAAUUUUAGGGCAGAUUAUCUUCUGGGUGAAGGAGGUUUCGGGCGGGUAUAUAAAGGAAGAUUAGAUAGCACCAAUCAGGUUGUCGCUAUCAAGCAACUUGAUCGAAAUGGCCUGCAAGGAAACAGGGAAUUCUUGGUUGAAGUACUGAUGUUGAGCCUACUUCAUCAUCCUAACCUAGUGAACUUGAUUGGCUAUUGUGCUGAUGGAGACCAGAGACUCUUGGUAUACGAGUACAUGCCAUUAGGAUCUUUGGAAGAUCAUCUACAUGACCUACCACCUGAUAAAAGGCCACUCGAUUGGAACACAAGGAUGAAAAUCGCAGCUGGUGCUGCAAAGGGUUUGGAGUAUCUGCACGACAAGGCUAACCCUCCGGUUAUAUAUCGGGAUCUGAAAUGCUCGAACAUAUUGCUUGAUGAAAGUUUUCACCCAAAGUUGUCUGAUUUUGGUUUGGCGAAAUUGGGCCCCGUUGGUGACAAGACGCAUGUUUCUACAAGAGUGAUGGGCACUUAUGGAUACUGCGCGCCAGAGUAUGCAAUGACAGGUCAGCUUACAUUAAAAUCAGAUGUAUACAGCUUUGGCGUUGUUCUUCUUGAGAUUAUCACUGGAAGGAAAGCCAUUGACAACUCGAGAGCUGCCGGGGAGCAUAACCUGGUUGCCUGGGCUCGACCGUUGUUCAAGGACCGAAGGAAGUUCGCACAGAUGGCUGACCCGUCACUACAAGGACAUUACCCAGUAAGGGGAUUGUAUCAAGCUCUAGCUGUUGCUGCAAUGUGUGUUCAAGAGCAGCCGAACAUGAGACCUCUCAUUGCCGAUGUUGUUACUGCCCUGACUUACCUUGCCUCCCAGAAGUAUGAUCCGGAGAGCCAGCCAGCCCGUGCUGUUACAGGAGGGGGACUCUCAACUCCUAGAGCUAGAAGAGAAUGA